AUGACCACUGCUUCUACACAAGUAAUCUUCUCGAUUCAGGGAAGCGCACUAAGGCUUGACACACGUGCAGACAUCCAACCGCUCUUGGACGCUGUCGAUCCAGAAGUCAUCGAUGAGAUUCAUUUUGGUGGCAACACCAUCGGUGUUGACGCGUCCCUAGCUCUUGCAGAAUUUCUGGCGAGAACCAAGGUUCUUAAGGUCGCUGAUUUUUCAGAUAUCUUCACCGGUCGUCUGAUCUCCGAAAUCCCUCAAGCCCUCUCCGCGAUCUGCGACGCGCUCAUAGACAAGACCUCCCUCGUAGAGAUCAACCUCAGCGACAACGCCUUCGGCGGCCGAUCUGUGAACCCAAUGGUGCCGUUCCUCACGCACAACCGGAGCUUCCAAGUCCUCAAGCUGAACAACAACGGCCUCGGACCCGCUGGUGGCAAGGUGAUCGCGGACGCCCUACGCGAAUCGGCGAGGCUCAGCAAGUCAGAGGGCAAGAAAUCAAACUUGCGAGUGGUUAUCUGUGGUCGGAAUCGCCUCGAGAACGGGUCGGCGCCUGCGUGGGCGGACGCUUUCGCUGAGCAUGGAACGUUGCAGGAGGUUCGGAUGGUGCAGAACGGCAUCCGGAUGGAGGGGAUCACCGCUAUUGCACGAGGAUUGUCGAAGUGCCCCGAUAUCCAGCACAUAGAUCUCCAAGAUAACACAUUCACUGUCGACGGAGAGUUGACUGGGGUGGAGGCUUGGACAGAAGCGCUCACGUCCUGGCCUCUGUUGCACACCCUGAAUCUCUCCGAUUGCGUGCUCUCUGCCGAAGGCGAAGUCCCAACUCUCCUCCAAGCCCUUACGAAAGGAUCAAAUCCUAAUUUGCAUACCCUCCAGCUUCAGAACAACAAUCUCGAGACAGCGACCUUCGCCCUCCUGGCAGGUGCCAUUUCUCAGGGCCUUUCCAGCCUGAUGUCGCUAGAGCUACAGUGGAACGACAUCGAAGAAGACGACGAAAAUCUGGAAACCCUAGCUCUGAGCCUCAAGCAGAGGGGAGGAAAGCUAUUCGCAUCAGACGAAGAGGAGGAGGAAGCGGCAGAAGAAGAGGCAGAGGCAGAAGCAGAGGAGGAAACGAAAGCAGAAGAGACGAAAGCAGAAGAAGCAACAGCCCCGAAGGUUGUAGACGCUGCAGACGAGCUGGCUGAUCUACUCAGCAAAGUGGAGAUCAGGGCCUCUUGA